AUUUAUUUAUUUGGUUUUGGGGGCGGGCUUGAUUCUGGCUUUCAAGCCCAACUGUAUGCUGAGGAAAUGAGCCCCAUGGCUGCUUCCAGGCCCAUAUUAGCCCACCUCUCUCUGCAACCUCUCUCUCUCUCUCUCUCUCUCUCUCUCUUCCAUUGUUAGCCGAACUUUCCACCAUCAUUAGCCGAUUCAGGGGAUACUCUGUGGAAAUUGAAGGCUGCAAGAUUGAACCUUUUUUCAUUACUCCAUGGAAACUCGGCGACAUAUUCAAUUGUGCAUUUAUCUGUUGGUUGGAAUUUCAUUGGUACUCUUCUUUAGCAAUGGCUCUUGCGUGCAUAGUUCUUCACUUUCAAGUGAGGCACGAAGGUCUAAUCCGGAUUUCGAUUCCAACAAUUCAAAUAUGAGCUCUUUUUGUAGUGACAAGAAAUUUAUAAUGGAAUCUUAUUAUGAAAAGCACGGAAGUUUGCUUGAUUCAGAUUUCCAAGAUUUUGUGGCACGAGCACUUCCCUCUGGGAUUUGUGGAAUUCUGCAAGAUAAUUUGAACCUUGUGCCAAGAUUGUCAGUUCUAAAGCGCAAUCUGAUUGGUGAAGGUUCUCAUCGUCAUCUAUCCACAUCCAUCAGACUUAACAUUGAUCCAAAAUCCAUAACUGAGCUACUACCAACUCUCUAUUGUGAGGUCAUAAUUAUUGAAAGACUGCCAUCCGGAGUUUUUGCUGACCCAUUUGAGCUACAACAUCUUCUUCAGCGUGGUGUGCUUAACAAUGUAGCUGUUUUUGGAGAUACAAAUUUGGAAUUGCCUUCAUUUCUGUCCAACCGUUCUGCUGUUGAGGUUCACAUGGAUGUUAGUCCCAAUCUCUUGUCAAGGCACAAGAAUGGACUUGACAUCAACAUAGAGCUUCCACUACAUGCACGGUAUCCGCCAGUGGAUGAAAGUGGCUACUCAAGAGUCAAAUUUGGAGCACCCGAUUUGUUUGUGCGCUGCAGCAUGGAGGGAAAGACACAUAAUCAGAGCUUUUUAUCUACUUUGACCAGUGACGAUGCUGAACUGGAAAGUGGUGAGAUUGUGUGGAGAAAACCUGCCGGGAUGAAGACACAUGCUGGAGUUGUAUCUUUUGUUACUUUUAUUUCAGCCUUAUUAUCAACUCUGUUUAUUGUUUUGACAUGCAUAUUUUAUUCAGACGCCAGAAUGUACAAAACUCUGAAACAAUCGUAAUUUUAUCUUCUGGCUUAACGAUU